AUGUAUAAAAUCAUUCACAAGAGCACAUUUAUUCUGUUAACAUUAUCUUGUCGAGACAAAGCCAUGGUGAUUGAUAUUGCUCCUCAGCAACAUUUACCUGAAAUUUUUAGUACUAAUCAUCGUUCAUCAUCAUUAUCGUCGUCUACACAGAAACGAACAUCAACGACGACGAGUACGACAUCAAGUAAUAAUACGAUGACAAAUGGUCAACGACUUAUGACCGAUGAACUUAGUAAAAAAGCAGAACAAAUUCUUGGGCAGGCGACGACUGUGGUAGAUUAUUGUAGACAACCAAGUAUCGAUUUUCCAAUUCAACAUGCACCUCGAUUAAACAUCCCUCUUUUACAAUCACGAGCUAGUACUCAUCAAGCGUCUCUUGCCAAUACUUCAUCAAAUCAAACGAUUAUCAAGAACAGAUAUUCAGAAUUAGUCGAAAAAAUUGUUCCACUAAUAUUAAAACUGGUUGUACCAAUAAACUUCACAAAAUUACCUGAAAAAAUUUCUAGGCAUUCAAAAAAUACAAAUAACAAAAUGGAAAGUUGUGAACUAUUUCCUCGAUUACACGAAGAUACAGAUCUUAAACUUAGUGAUGAUGAGAAUGAAGAAGGAGAAGAAGAAGAAGAAGAAGAAGAAGAAGAAGAAGCAGAAGAAGAAGAUGAUGAUGAUGAUAAUGAUGAUAAAGAUGACAAAAUAUCAAAUGAGAAUCAAAUCAAAAAUCAACAUGCCGACAGUGAUGAUCAAGUGUCUAUGCACAGUGAUAUGGAGAAUGAUGAUGAACAAAAUCGAACGAAUCCUAAUCAAUUUUCAUUAUCGGACUUUAUUCCUCUGAAAAAUUCACCAGUAAGACCAUCGGCUGAUCUUCUAAAACGAAGUCUGUCACCAGCAUCGCCAACUCAAGAAAUAAAACAAAAUAAACGUAAAGAAGAAAUAAUCAAAUCAUUUGCAUCAUCAAAUAUUUCAAUUGAUAUCAAGCAGCCCACACUUCCUAUAGCCAUUCCUACACAUUUAUUUUCUGAUCGAUCUAUAAAAACAGAAGUAGAUGAUUCGAUGAGUGGAAAAUCCCAAAAAACAUCGAAAAGAUAUUCUAAUGGUUUACUCAAACAUGAUUCAAGUACAACUAACACCGAUAGUUCUAAUACAAAUAAUGGAACACAACAAAAAAAGAAUAAAACCAGUCAUGUUUAUAAAUCAGAGUCAGCUAUUUCUUCAACAACAAUGCGCAUCAAAGAAGAGCCAACGACCAUGUUAAAUGUUGCCUCGUCUAAUGACAUAUUAUCUACUGGUCUCACAGCAACGAUUGCACCAAUAACAGUUGAACCAAAGAAGAAACCAACAGCAAAUGUUAAACCACUUUUACAAUCUACAACAGGCGAUAAUUUAACAUCCAACAAUACUAAUUCAAAUGUUCUUAAUGUACCUGAUCGUUUGACAACAGCUACUAAUGCGUCAACAAAAUCAAACUAUGCAAAUUUAAAAAAUAUGUCAACAAAAGAAUUAAAUUCGUUAGCUCGAGAAAAAAAGAAAUUAGCUGAUGGUGAAAAACGAACAUUUGAAGAUGUUAAACAAUCAAUGUCGUUGUAUCUUGAGUCGGUUUGCUAUUUUAUUCAGUGUGCUCAUGAUGAACCAAUAUUAGAUCAACGUACUACAUUAUUAUCAGCAACAUUAUCAAUGCUUCAACAUCUUGUAUAUAAUUAUGAAAAAAUGUUUCACAUACCUGCAAAUCAAUCAGGUGAUGCACUAAAUAAUAUUCGACAAAAAUUUCUUCUAAUAAAUUAUUGGCUUCAAUCAUUCAUAUAUCAAUUACAAUACAAUAUAAAUUUACCUGCAAUCGAACGAUGUGUUCAUCAAGUAACCGAGUAUUGCAGUCAUUCAAAAUCUCCAGCAGAUACAAAUCCGAGUUUCAUAUUCGAAUUUUCAAAAUAUAUGUUACAUUCAUAUCAAUCAAAUCACUAUUGGAAUAGAGCAGAACGUUUAAAGCGCGAAGAGCCAUUAAAAAAAUUCGUUGAACAGUUAUUAAGACAAAAUCAAAAUCGACGUUUAACACGUGAUGACACAACAUUAGAUUUUUUAUUGUACAUUUUUGAUGCGAUUGAUUUAUUACGUUUAACUAUUGCCUGA